CACAGAGGCAGAAGUGUUUCACAGCAUACAGCAGAAGUGAGAGAGAGGUCGGGUAAACUGCUAAACCGGAGGCACUGCCAUCCUGAGAAAAAGAAGGGGGGGACGAGGAGGAGGACAGAAGGACUUGAUGAAACCACCGUUGUGGUUUCAGAUGACCGCACCGUGCUGUGAACUAAACUGAGAGACGGAACUGGGAAUAGUUGCUUUUUUGUGACCAAUGGGACAAGGUGUGAUGUUUCUAUUUGUGUCCAGGAGUUGAACCACAAGCCAGGCUGCAACCGGAGAGCGACCGGAGUUGAACAGAAAGAAAAGAUAGAGUUUAUAACUGCACUGCUGUCCGUUUUACACAGUCCACGUCGACGGUAUUUAACAGAGGUGGCCUUGUGUGCAGCUAAAGAUUUGUUCACGCCCAAGACAGUGUCGAGAACAACAAGUAUGUACUUGUUGUGAACUGUAUUCAGGAGAUGGCACGCAGGUUGGUGCCAGGGCCAUGCUGAGACCAUAACAAGUAAGACUAAUAAGCAGGAAUUGCAGGAAUAUUGAUAAUAAUUGAUAAUUUAAAGGAUGGUGUAGACCUGCUAUAUAUGAAAAGUGUUCUGAGAUAUCUAUGAUUUGGUGCUACACAAAUGAAAUACAAAUAGAAAAACUGAAAUUGAUAGAUCCUGUAUUGUCGGUCGGAAUGUAGCUUUCUUAUUCUUUUCGGUAAGAAUGUUGCAUUAGCACAAAUAACUAAGUAACCGAACUUAUCAGAAAAUGUUUUAAUGUAAAAUUAAUGAGUUUCUAUUCAAUAGGCUUUGCCAUUACUGUGUGAAUGUUUGUCUGCUAUUUUUAGGAUUUCUUUAGGGCUUCUUUUUUUUGACAAAUUCAGUGUUCUCUCCAUGAUAAUUGGCCAUUGUUCUAAUGCAGGAUGAGGCUGUUUAGCAGGGAGUAAUAACUCUGUGGAUAUAGCUUGUGUUCAGGUCUUGUUAUUUUUAAAGUUUAAAUUAUUAUUCAAGAUAGAAACUUCAGUCUUAAAUAACAAUUAGAACUUUGAAAAUAACAUUUUCAUUUAGUUUUCUUCACAUAAAUGAACGAAAUAGGCUAACUGUCUAUAUAUUUAAAAACUUCUUAUACCCCUUAAACUCAAGAAGGCCCUGUGGGGAACCACUGAUCUACACACUUUAUGGCUAACUACCUCCCUAUACUCUGACUCACUUACACACUUGCAAAGAUCAGUAGGGAGGAGAAAAUGAAAACAUUCCAGGGUUGUGAAAUCCUCUCAUUUUAAACAGCUACAGUCUUUUUACACCUAUUCAAACUGGACUUUCUGGUUCAUAUGCCAUCAGCAGCAAGACACCAUGCACCCCCUUUGUGUACUGUGCCAUAUGGAUACUGUGGAGGAGAGGGGAAAGAGGAGGAGGCUUGUCUGGAGCAGCUGGUUCUGCGCUCCUUAACAAAGGAACUAGUUAACCGAUUACAGGCUUUACUUCUAAAUUUAGAACCAGAGCUGCACACUAACUCUGCAUCAGUACUGAUCAGGUUUAUGUGUCUUAAAGGUCCAGUGUGUAACAUUUAGGAGGAUAUAUUGGCAGUAAUGGAAUGUCAUAUUUAUAUAUUAUUACUGGAAGAUCACUCUUUUUGUUAGUCUGGUCACUUCAUUCAGAUCAGCCCUAAAGACUUAAACAAACUAAAUAUGUUUGCAUGAAUGCAAAUAACAAUCCACAUAUUACACAAUGCAAAGCAUGACUGAUUACAGCAUGUUCCUAAAUCACUGUGGAGGAAAACACUCAUAUCCUGAAGGAUUAUGACAGGUAGAAUUGAAAUGAAAUACAAUCACAAAUCACAGCAUCAUAAUGUUGUUGGCUUGUAUAUCAGUGAUUCCAAACGUGGGGGUUGGGUCCCCCAUUAGGGUGUACUUAUCAAGAUUCAAGAUUCAAUACUUUAUUGCCAUACAACUCGGUGCAAGUUGCUAGGGAUUUGCUUCAGUGUGCUCAAGACAUCAACAAAGACACAAAAGACACAGAACAUAUAGUAUUAGUAUAUUAUUAGAACAGUAGUUGAGAAGAAAACACUGAAUUUGUCAAAAAAAGAAGUUUAUUAAGUAUGUAUGGGAAAAAAAACAUAAUACAGAGGAUUAUGUAAAGAAAUCAUAAAAAAAAUAAUACUCUCAAAAAUGCGCUCCUUAUGGCAUUUGCAAAACAAUCAAACAACAAUCAGAGCCAAGAAAGAUAUAAAGACACUUUGAGUUGGAGUCUUAAAUAUAGUUUAUUGGUGAGUCUCAUUUCAUUGUCUCAGCAUCUGUAUUUGACACCCUGGGAAUGAGGCUCAACAAUCAACUACUAGCUCUGAUUGGUUGUUUUCGUUGGUUAGUCUCACUCAAUCUUUCCAGUGAGAGAUUUCCAUCAGCAGGGUCUCUGAAGAGCUAAAACCCACACAGAUUAUUUUCAUGUCCCUUGAUGCCUUAUGGUGACUAAAACAAAUGUCAGCUUUAAAUGAAGCUGAAGCUUGACUGCUCAUCUUCCUCAUUGCUCUCAGGAUAUCUGAUCCUUCAAAUCCUGGAGGUGGAGUUAGUGGGUAAAUUAGUGUGAAGGUGAAGGAUAAAAACCUAUGCAGAAUAUCCAGACCUUUUCACUGUUCCACAUUUUUUUGUUCUAGAGACUUAAAAUAAUUUCUUUUUUAAAUGUUGUUUUAAUUAACAUUAAUCAUAACACUUAGAAAUGGCAAUUAAACUGGUUGGUACUGUUUAUAUGGAAUACAAGAUUGUGUGUGCCCACCAUUGUUUCUUGCUACGGAUGAGUCGAAACUGCGCAUAAUGUCAUGUAGUCAAAAACUGACUGUCAGAUCAAAUAAAUAAAAGUAAAAUUCAAUCAUUCAAGAAUAUGUAUGGUCAGUUUUCACGCUGAACUUAAGUAAUUACAAAUAAUAAGUACUAAUAAAUGACAGUUCUUUUCUCAUUUCAAAUUAAAUAAUGGCUGCAUUUUAAAAGGCUGUUAAAAUACCAAUUUAAUGGUAGGACUGCACAGGUAGUUCAAGAAACAGUGUUGGAAAGUUUCCUGUCCUUUCCAGAGUAUAUCUGGAAUAUUAUGAGGCAAAGUUAAUGAUGUAAUGAGAGUGAACUUGUAAAUUAGAUAAUAAUAAUAAUAUUUGGUAAUAAAGUCUUUAGAUUUUAGAACAAUAUAAGAAUAUAAUGAGAUUUUUUUGGUUUAUUUUAAAUAUUUUGGUAAAAAGAAAAAUACACUGUUCUAUGGACAUUCAUUGGUUGAUUAUAAUCUAGAAAUAAGUUAAGAGUAUACUUUAUUCAUCCCACAACAGGGAAUUUCACUUGUCACAGCAGCAAGUAAGUAACUGGAGUGAAAAAAAUAAAUACAGAUAAAAGACCGACAUAAAAGCUAUGGUGAGUAGUGGUGGUAAUUGGAAACAGAAACUACAACAUGAUCAGGUGGUGCAGGUGUUGUAGAGUCUGACAAUGGCAGCAAUGAAAGACCUGCGGAACCCCUCCUUCUUACACCGACGGUGUAACAGUCUGCUGCUGAAGGAUCUACUCAAGGACCCCACAGGUUAUUAAAUGAACCACAUUUGCAGGCAGAAUCAAGCACUGUGUAGAUAUAUAGUGUUAACAGGGCAGCAAUUACUUACUGUAUCCACAGAGCCUAAAUUUAAAGAAGAAUGCUGUUAUUAUUAGAUAUUUCUUAUUUUAGUCUGAAUUUGAAUUAAAGAACUGUAAUAAAAGUCACCAUCAGUAAUUAUUGCUGUUUUCAGUGAUAACUGUACAGUUUACCAAUGCUUUACACUGAUAAAAAAUAUUUAUCCAACAUUUCUGUUGUGGAAACUUCAAUACUUAUACAAGAUAUCUGACAAAAAGAAAAUAAUUUGACUGUGUGUACUGAGCCCAAAAGUCCCUAAAAGAGAAUAUUUUUUAUCUUGUGCGCACAAGUUACUUAUCUUGUGGGCACAAGAUCAUUUACUAUAAAUUCAUAUGCAUCUCUAACGGUUUCAGAUGCACACAGCUGUCAUAUAAUGGAGAGAAUUCAGCCUAUCAAGUUUUAUUUUCACCUCGUCACAAGAUAAAAAAUAUUUUCUUUUUAGUUAGUUAAGUUAAUUCUAAAUAAUUUUACAAAUAAAUAAACUGUAUUAAACCUCUAUAUAAUCCCCCUGUACAGAUGAAAGAAGUGGAAAUUCACUGUACAAAGGGUGGGAGCCAUCUGGUGUACAGGAAUUCAACAUAGAAGGCAAGGUGUUAAAGGAAUAGCUCUUGCAGACUCCUGGUCUAUGAGCAGUCAUGCUUUAGUGGAUAACGCAGACAUGUUGUAACAGCUGCAGCAGUGGGAGAUUACUGAACAGCAGCAAGGUCCUGCAGAGUUGAUUAUUCAUUAUUCAGCUCUGCAAAAAACUCUCAAGAACCCAAAUCAGACAUGAACUUGUGUUAAAAAAUGUUUAUUACAGCUGAAGUCCUUUCAGCUUUAUGAACAUUCAACCCACAUGUGGCUGGCUUGCUGUGGCUCAGGAGGUAAAGUGGGUGUACCACUAAUCUAAAGGUUUGUAGUUCAAUCCCUGGCUCCUCCCACUGCAUGUCGAAGUAUCCUUGAGCAAGAUACUGAACUACACCUUUCAAUUCUGCUAGCUCCUUCCCACUCAACAAAUUAAAAAAAUGCAUCCAUGAGGACGGCCAAACUAAACUUAACUAGAAGUUAGCGGCACUCUCAGAGAGUCUGCUGGAAUUUUGACAGUCACUAGAAGAACAUUCACAGACCUUUGUAAAAGUUCUGUGUGUUACCUGUGUUGUAGCUGAGCCAGUAGCUGUGUUAUAGCUAAUAUAACGGCUCAGAGAGACAGUAAUUGCCCCCACACUGCCCUAGCAAGUUACAUUUUUGGACCUCUGUGUUUCUAAAACCCUGCGUACAGCACUGCUUGUGAGGUACUCCAAAUGCCAGUGUAACAGCACUGAGAAAAAAUCUUUUUCCACUGUGUAUAUUUACUUUAAAAAUGUAAUCCCAUACAAUAACUGAUUACCACUAAAAAAUGUAGUCAGUAACAUAAUCCAAGUAUCACAAUAUUAAAGUAACGUGACUUGAUUUCUUGAUUUGAUUUUUGUCACUUUUGGAUUACCUCAGUACAAAAUAUGCAAAUAAAGAGAUAAAAGACAUAUUAAUAAGACGUGUAUUCUUUAAUACAACAGAACAAUGUGACCUUAGAAUAUAAAAUAGAAACCAAGAUUUUUAGCAUGACAAAUGUGUUCUUUGUUCAGUGUAUUUUGAAAUAAAAACUCAUGUAGCAAAUUCAGGCAUUUUCACAGCUGGAAGGCAGAACUUCCACUGUACUGUGAUGUUGUUCCCUUUUCUGCUUAAGGGGCAAUGAUAAUGUAUGACAACUGUAAGAUUAGCCAUGGUUUCACCCUAAAAGUGUAGUAAUGUGUGAGCAUGGCAAGAGCUUACAGUUGCCUUUUUUUGUAUCCUUAUCCGUUACAUGUAAUCCGUUAUCCUCUCCACGCCUGUAUAUGUAUGUAUAUGGUGGAGUAAGGCUGCUUUCUCUGACCAUCACAGGGUGAGGUCAGAUUCAGCAAACCUACUUUUUCAAACCCACAGAAACACAUCUAACCUGCCUUCAAAAUAAAAACUUUGUCAUUUGAAAACUUUCAUGGAACUGCAAUGUCAUUUUUUCCUUACAUGACAUUGCAACACCAGCAGUGUUUGGCUAGUUAGUCAUUACUCUUUUCAAAAGUAAUAUUACUUUACUUAUGACUCCCUGUCAAAACUAUUUAGUGACACAGCUAUUUAUAUUACUUUUCUGCUACUCAACCAAAAAAAUGGUAAUUGUGGCUUUCUCCCCAAACUUCAGACUUACAACAAAUUAAAAUCCAGUUUUGUUUUUUAAAAUCAAUGGAAUGAUAUGGUCCAGCUGCUGAAUUUAAGCAUUUCCAUCUUCCAAACUAGUUUCCUCCAUGAUUACAAAAAUUAAUCCAAGGAUGUGAUUGGAUCGUUGGAUUUCAAAUCAGUAGGGGUGACAAAAAAAGUAAUAUUAUUACCGUAACAAUAUUAAGUUACUACUAAGUUAUUAUUAAGUUACUGCCCAACAAUGUCCACCAGUUACAUCCAUACAGGCUAUAGGCUACCCUAAGACCUACCUAGGAGAUCAAAUUUACUGAACAUACUCAAAAUUAGUUAAUAAAAAUGCAAUUUUGAGUUGUGUUUUUUGGUUAGUGGCUAGGUUAGUCACUUGGUAACUGAAAAAGAGACCUUUUAUUGACUUUUGUAAAAUCCUGGUUCCUGCCUCUGCUCCUGUCCGCAAAAACGCUUUUAUUUUGUAAGUGCCCGGAAGUUCUACUCUCUCUCUCGCUCUCUCUCUCUCUCUCUCUCUCUCUCUGUCUGUGUCCUGGCUGUCUGCACAACAAGCAUUAAAGCCGUCGGUGCACAGCGACAGACUCUCGUUACAGACUCGGUCCGGACCAAAGGAACUGUCAGAAUCCUGAAGACGGAUCCAGCAGGUCUGCGCCGGGUCCAUGGCCUGAUCUCUGCUGUGCGGCGGAUCAGCUGCAGCUGAAGCCUUCGAGAUGCUCCGAGCUCUCGGCAGCUGCACAAUAACACCGUCACCAAUACCGGCCCGGGGACACAGCUAUGCUUUUCAAACGGAGAGCCAGGAUGUUGCGAUGGCUGGUGUGUGGUCGGUUGGGUCCAGUUUGGAUGUGGAAAGCACUGCUGCUCUUUGUGGCCAUUGCAUUUGCUGGCCAGCUGCUGGGGGUCAUCUUCAACAAGAGCAGUGUCCAGCCAGCUGCUCGCUCCAUCUUCUCGUCCCCUGAUGCUCAGGGACCAUCUCUGGGCUCCUGUCAGCCUCAUACUCACAUCAUGUUCCUCAAGACCCACAAGACGGCUAGCAGCACCGUGCUCAAUAUGCUGUACCGCUUUGGAGAAGAGCGCAACCUCUGCUUCGCACUGCCACUGGGCUACCAGCUGGGCUACCCGCUGCCCUUCAAUGCUCACAGGGUCAAAGGUUACAGAGGUCCCAGGGCUGUGGAGUUCCACAUCAUGGGCAAUCACAUGAGAUUUAAUAAGCUGGAGGUGGAGAAGGUGAUGCCUGCCGACACAUUCUACUUCUCUAUCAUCAGGGAUCCGGUCGCUCUGGCUGAGUCCUCCUUUGCUUAUUACAAAGAGGUAGCACCUGCCUUUAGGAAAACCAAAGGCUUGGGUGACUUUGCUGAUGACCCUAAGAAAUACUACGACCCACGUCUCCGCAACAACCACUAUGCUCGCAAUCUGCUUUGGUUUGACUUUGGCAUGGACCACAAUGCUAAUUUCUCAGUGGCACUGGCCCAACAUGGCCAGGCCAUGAUCCGCCAGGCCUUCAAGCUGAUUUUAGUGUCUGAGUACUUUGACCAGUCUAUGAUCCUGCUGAGACACGCCCUCUGCUGGCCGCUGGAUGCUGUCGUCUCAUUCAGCCUCAACGCUCGGCAGCAGAAGCCCAGUGGCAUUGGUGGGAUAAGUGGUAGCUGGGUGGGCAAAGCUGCAGCAGCAGCAGGUGUUGGUGGUAGAGGGGGACGUUCUCAAGCAAAGACACUGCCCAAUCUAGCACUAACAGAGGAGCAGCGGGAGAAGCUGCGUCAGUGGAAUGCCUUAGACUGGUACUUAUACAAAGCCUUCAACCAGACCUUCUGGGAGGAAAUUGACAGGUUUGGUCAUGCCCAGAUGGAGCAGGAGGUAGCUCUUCUCAGGAUACGGCGGGAAGAUCUGGCCCGGGUUUGUCUUAGGGAUGGUGGGAAGCCUGUGGAGGCACACCGGAUCCGAGACAAAAACAUCCGCCCGUUCCAGAGUGGAUUAAUCAAGAUUCUUGGCUAUGAGCUCCAGCCAGGGUUGGACAAUGCCACCAGGACAGCCUGUCUGAGGAUGAUCAGGCCUGAGAUUCAGUACAAAGAUGUGCUGGAUGCUAAACAGUUCCCACGGGCUCCGGCCGUCCAAGCCCAGCCAGGGCAACAGAGCCAGGGCCUGAUGGUAGCAGCUGGUGGCUCUUUUUUAAGACAAGACUUGUCCAGGACAGGAGAUAGGCUGGUGGGGGGGGAGGCUGGGGGGAGGACAGUGGAGGAGGGGGAGAGAGACUGGGAUGGAAGCCGUUUAAUCAGGAGCAACCAGACUUUGAUGCGAGGGCAAGAAAAAGCAAGUUGAGAUAGUCUGCGGUAAGUGUCACUCCUAAAUACAGUACCUUUGGUCUUAGGGUCAGAUGGACUAAUGACACUCAAAACUGAGCCGACUGUGGUUUACACAUGAGAAAACAAAAGGUCCUCCUUUGCACUUCCACUUUUUGGUCAUUUGCUUGUUUUCUUAAAAGCUGUAAUUUGCUUUUAGUUAGUGUAACUCUUGUGGACUUUUAUGGCUACAGUAACAAGCUGAAGGAGAAUUGUAUGUUUUGUCUCAACGGAGAGUGAAAGGACCACUUUGUUUUUUAUAAGGAGAAGCACUCUUAAAGUAUUUGCAAGGCUUUCUGCUGCUGUUUAUCACAAAUGGGACAUGAUAUGUUAUAGCAGAGACGGGGAAGACUGUUUUAUUUCCUGUUCAUAUUAAUACUUUUAAGUGUUCCAAUUUUCCCCAUUGAUCUUGGUGCACAUGCUUGAAAGUUCUCAAUGUAAAGGUACAUACAGCCGCAGUUUUUCCCUCUCAUGUGUUACCAUUAGGGCUGUGUAUUGGCAAGAAUCUGGUAAGCAAGGCGUUAUUGAGAUCGGCAUUUGUAUUUAUCACAGUCCAUGUAACAUCCAAAAUCAAAGCCCUCAGUUUACAACACUGCUAUCUAGCGGUUGGAGGUUUAAAUAUAAAAACCAGUACAGUGUUUUUGUGAAUUGAUACAGUGACUGAGCUAUCUUUUUUUUCAAAAAGAUAAAGGCCUUGUGAUCUUUGACAAAUACAUUUACAAUAUUGUACAAUAUUUUAACUCUAUUUUUCCAUCAAAACAAAGAUGGUAGCUGGAAAUGUUGUAUAUACAAAAAAACAUUUAUUUUCAGUCAUACUCUGCUGUUCCUUUCAAUUAGUGUUUUCUGUUUUAGUACAACAUACAGUAAAUGUACAGUAAUGUACAAAAUGAAAUAGGAGAUAUGUCAUUUCUUUCCACUGGGAUCCACUUGAAAAAUGGGUUUAAAAAUUAUUCUUAUUGUUCAGUGAAUGGAUUUUUUUUCAUUCAUGGCUAGAAGAGACUUUAUGAUGAUUCUAAAUGCUGUUAAACCACCUUCUGUGUUUUUCAAUGAUUGUUAAAUAUUUUUCAUGAAAACACAUGCUUAGAUCUGUGACUUUGAAGCAAUGGUAAUACAUGAGAGACAAAAACUGGUGUUAGAGUAUGUAUACAGCACUAAUGUUCCUUUACUGAUAUCGUCUGUAUAUCAGUAAAAAACAGUAAAAUAAUUAGGAUAAACCUUCUAUUUCGCUCUUGGAUACAGAAUCAGUAUUGAGCCUCGCCUCGAACCACUAACCUGAACAGCUUCCUAAAUAUCUCUUGAUAAUACAAGGGAAAAUUAUCUGAUUGCUGUGCUCCUGUCUUGAGCUGCUUGAUACUCACCAGCCCACAGGAGCCUGGUUAAUGUCAGCAUUUGGGCACAUUCCUUCCUUCCACUAUCUUCUAUAGUAGAUGGAAUGUAUCCAUCUGUCUGACAUAUGCAGAGAUACAUUUCUUUGUCUUGAUGUCAGGGGUUAAAAGUGAAAAUCAUAUCAGUGUGGGGGCCAAAAUAUAUUUCAAAGCAGCUGCAUCUUAAAAAUGCACUCCCUGAUUUUUUAUAAUGUGCAAUAAUGUUCUCAACUCAACAGUUCCUCCUGAACAAUGGGUCAGCAGGUAUUUGGGGAAUUUUAGGAUCCUCUGUGAGACAGGGUCUUUAAACUCUUCCUGUUUCAGAUUAAAGGACCAGUGUGUAGGAUUUAGCGGCAUCUCAGGGUUUAAUAAUAACCAUGCCCAAUGGACCGUGGCCACAAAGAGUUGCUCUGUUGCCACCAAAUAUUACAUGUAGGUAGCCACCGACUUUUAUCCAUACUGCAAACUUUCACCAGUGCAACGUUUCAGUUCCUCAAAUUCCUUUGCAAUCUCAUUGCCAAUAUGUUGGGGGCUACUGAAGUAUGGGUUUACUAAGCCUAAAAUCAACACUUAAAUGUAGGGGUGAAUUGAGGCAGGAGUGUAAGUGACCAGAAUAUGUUGACAUAAUGUACUGUGGUGUGUGCCACCAGUUUCCUCAACUGGCCUCAACUUGUUUUCAGAUAAGUUUACAUCUGGGCCACCAAAAAUGUACUCUGGCCACUAAAUGUAGGGUUUUGGUGACCCAUGGGGCCAGAUCUUGAAGUCUCAGAUGGCAACCAACUCACCUCACCCUCCCCUUUCAAGCAUGUAGCGUGGUGGCUGCAAAAGGCUCUAUCUUAAGCCAGUGUUUGGGUUGUCUGUUCUGGGCUACUGUAGAAACAUGGCGGUUCAACAUGGCGGACUCAGAGAUAAAAACGGCUCAUUCUAAGGUAACGAAAAAACUAUUGUUAUUUUUAGGUGAUUAUACAUUUCUGCCAAUAGACCCUUCUAAAUGUUACACACUGGACCUUUAACUGAUAUUAUAUCAGAUUAGAUAACUUAAGUCACACCAAGACUGAAACCAGUUUCGAUAAUGCAUAGUGACAGGUCAGAAAGGUCAGACAACAUAAAGACACACUGUCACUACAUUUCUAACACUAAUAGUAGCACAUGCUCAGGACCCACUUAAAAUAAUAAAAAUAAAAUUGAUCAACUGAAAAUUAAAAUCCAAAUAGAAGUAAUGCAUCUAAAAACAACCAACAAAAUAGGUAAUACUUAUGGGCGCCCGGUUAGCUCAGUCGGUAGCACUGGCGACCCAUGUACAGAGUUGCUGCAGCGGCCCGAGCCCGAAUUUGACCUGUGGCCCUUUGCUGCGUGUCAUCCCCUCUCUCUCUGCCCACAUCUCCUGUCUAUCAUUGGCUGUCACUAUCCAAUAAAGGCAAUAAAAGGCCCCAAAAAAAAUCUGAUCAUAUCACCUGUCACUUUUUGGUUGUACUGCUUUGUGCAGUUCAAAACAUCUGGGCACCUGUCCCUGGUCACUCAACACACCUUUUGGCAUGUUCACAUGAAUGAGUUGGGACUCCGGUAAAAUCUGACUUUGCUUUUGUGGAGGGCAGAAUUUCUGUGUGUCUUACUGACAUUGUCUGACUGGUUUUUCUCGACAGCAUUUGCGGUUGUCCAAAAACACAUUAGUGAGCCUCAAAAUUGUACUGGAUGCAACUGCAUUUUAGAUCUGUGAGCACACAACAAUGCUAGGAGUGGGUGGAGUUCCAUGUUUACACAGCUGUGAGGAAUAAACUGAUUUUAUGCAGAUAACAUUUUGACACUGGCAGACAGCAGUGUCACUAAUUAUGUGCUCAAACUGGGGACACAGUGGUUGCAUUGUAUGAGUCUUAGAACACAAUAGCGAUUAACAAUCCACUUUCAUUCUGUUACCUAUGCUAGAUCAUAUUCCCAACUCUAGAACAGAAUAGUACAUCUGAGGGGUAUAGGGAGGCUCUGAAGAGAGUCUAUGGUUCCCAAAGCAAAGUGAAUAAUACUUCAGGCUUACAGCAUUUACUUACAAUCAAGUAAAACCUCUUCAUGUUUUGUGGUGACUGACUUUGAUCAUAUAAGCCUGGCUGUCAUGUGGUACAGAGCAUACGUGCAAAACCAAUGCGAGCAUCUGGCUAGCUGCUGUGAGACUGGGGACUGGGUAGAACAGUCAGUGCACGUCAGAGUGAGACAUCAGUCUGCUGCUGCUACCACCAUACCAUCACCACAGUCUUUCCUAUGACAAUGAAGAACUGCAACCUGUAGUGCAAUGGACUAAUUUUUUUCACAGCCAUGCAAUCGAGUCAUUUGAGAAUGAUAUUUAGAGUUAAAUAUUUUACAUGAAGGGAGCCUGGUAGGUGGACUGAAUUAUAUUAGAAUGAAUUGUCCUGUUUUGGAGGAGCUUGGUCAGCUGGUAUACUGCCAAGGGAGUAUACUGUAUGCACAGGGUGAUCAACGUGGAUUUAUGGAAGGGAGGUCUGGAAACAAAGUGUGUUGGAGCUCUGAUUGUGUCUCUAUAAAAGAUCCAGCACUGAACAUUUGACUGAUUGAGACUCAUAGUCCCAAGCAAAGAGUUCUUUCAGAGAACAGCAGAGUGCAUUCUCCAUUCUGUGCAAAGAUUGGUGUCACCUUACAGCAGUCAGCCUCCUGGGGGUGUUGGGUGUACUGUGUUGUGUCUGAAUGGCUACCUCCUUUGUUUCCUCUGGUGAAAAGGAUAUUUCCAAUCAGCUUUUACAGUCAAAUGGAUGAUAAAGAAACCCUAAGGUUUAAAAAGAAAGGGCCAAUUUCCCCCCCUUCCAGGCAAACAUUGGCUAAUAUUUACUUGACUUUAAUCUGAAACUAGCACUAGACAUUUUAAGUUUGCGUCAGUUACAUAAUCCUUAUUUACAGUGAUCUUUGUAUGCAAAAGUGUGCCAGACCAAUACUUAGCCCUGAUCCAAGAUGUCACACUGUGUAUCACAGUCCUGCAUGGCUAUCUCCUACAACACCAUUUUAGUCACUCAAUAAAAUGUGACAGGGGAUGUAUGACUCUGAGCCAAUAGAGACAGUAGAAGUCUCUUCUGUUAAAGUACAAACCAUGUCCAAUCAUAAAUGCAGCAGCAGGAUUUCUUCCUUUCUCUCAGGGAGUGCUAGCAGCAGUGUGCUUAGUGCUGCCAUUAGUGGCAGGAAAGUGUAUUACAGCAAUAGUAUUGAACGCAAUGGUCCCCUUUAUAUAUAGUAUAGAUGUAUGUAUUGACCUCAAUGGAAGGGACCAUUCUUGGCCAGAGUAUUUGUAUUUCUUUGCAUCUUUUGGUUAUGUAAUUAUUUGAUUUUCAUGUUAAAAUACAAAAAUUUUAAUUGAAAUACAAGGCUGUUUCUUUUUCAUGGUCAAGAAGGGAUGAGCAAAAUUUUUAAAAUUUUAAUUUAGAUUUUCUAUAUCGUAAAACAAAACAAAAAAUGUGUCUCUUGUGGUCAUCUACAAAACAAAAGCGUAAAUGUAGGAUUGCUAGUGUUGCUUUAGCCCAAGAUAAAAAAAUUUGGAGCCACCCGAUAUGAUUUUAGACAAAUCAAGACCUGUCUUCUGCAGAAAUCUCAGUGCAGACAUUUAAAAGUCUUAUUGAACGUAUUGUAGUACAAUUACUUAAGGAAUUAUGCAUGGCUCAUAUUUUUCGAUUAGCAUUUAAAAAACUCCCUCUCACAUAAGCCCUGCAGUACUCCAAAGUACCCCUAGGGGUACCCCCAUUUAAGAAAGACUGAUUUAAAUGACCACACCUCUAGUGCCACCAUCAGGACAAAUUUGGCUCCAGGAACUGCUAAGUUAUCAGUAUGUUUAUCUGAAGGAAGGGAUUUGAUUUGCUUCAAUGCCAUCAUUUUGUUGUGAUGAUAUAAACUCCAUAUGCUGGUAUUAAAGUGAAGAACUGGACUAAAUCUAAUAGAUGUUUGCCGUUCUGGUCCACCAUUGUUAAAUGAACUAUAGGAGAAACACUAAGGCACAAAACAGUUGCAGUAAUAGAAACACAACAGGAUUUGUUUGAUGCUGUCAUGAGAUGUUAUAUUACAUGCCAGGGUUUAAAACAAUGUCUUUCUGUAUAUAUUAUUCUAAUUGCCAUUUGUACAUACUGUAUUUAUCAGGGUUUGUUGUGGAGGUUAGUGGUGCUGCAGGGAGGAAUGUCUGUCACUGAAUGAUGGAAUUCACUAUUUAUGUUGAUGAGAAAACCUCAGAUCUGCACACACUCCAUAUGUUCAGUUAGUGUUGAAACACUGAUGACAAAUUCCACACUUAUGGCUGGACCAUAUUUCAGCAUUAUCGUGUAUUGAUUUCACUGGGAUCAUAGCAUGAUUAUAUGGCCAUGUUUAACAGAAUUUAAAAAUUCAGCAGAUUGUAAUUAAAAAACAGCCUCCUGUAAUGUAGUGAAACAAUUCAUCACAUUGAACAUUCAUUUGACCAUUUCAUGUGAUUUUGGCCACGUUCAGUCUGUACUUUGUGACUCAGAUCAUCACUCUAGACUGACUAUGACCUGUUCACACUGGAAUCUGAUAUGGGAAAGAUUUAAAAAAAAAUAGUGAAUUGCCAAACAAACAAACAUUGAGUGCUAAGGCUUGCAGUGUGAACGUAGCCAAAUAUAUUGAUUAAACCAUGUUCCUGAGGCCUCUCUCUUGCAGCAUAGGUAUCAGCAUUCAUGACUGAAGAGAUAAAGAGUAGGUCUACACAUAGCAACAUAGCAGAAAUAUUAAUAUGACCAUAAUGAUUAACUUAUUUCAAGAUAUAAUGAUAUAAUUAUGUUAUGAUCAAGGGAAAAUAGUUUGAUUUCUCAAAAUAAUGACAAGCAUUAAAUCACAAUAUCGGAUGGACAUAUGGAAAAUAUUAGCACAAAAAAACAUUUGAUUUUAUUAACUUAAGAAUAAAGGUUUCAUUAAUCAUGAAAAAAAAACAUGUUGACAAAAUAAUUACACGUUGAUCUCCAGAUAAGAUAAAAAUGAUCAGGAGUCACAUAAUUAUCUAAUUUUCUCUUGUAAUUGAGGUUUCAAUUAACUCAUAAAUAUAAAAUCUUUUACUUGUAAUUGAGAGAUACUGAUCUUACAAUUAUGAUAAAUUUUCUCUUAAUUAUUAAAUAUUCUCUUGUAAUUAUGAGAUGCUAUGUUCCAGUUAAAGACACAAAGGUCAUUACUACGAGAAAGGGUCUCUAAUGAUGUUUUUCAUUGGUGAGUACAAUAUGGUUCCGUAACACUGUGUACACACGUGUGGUUAAUAUCUAUGUGCACUCCCAGUUACACAGUCACACUCUCUGCUGAUAGGUGUAUAAAGUAAAAAGGAAAACUGUGCUUUAUUUUCAUGCCUGUCUUCCCACAUAUUGUCAAAGUUUUGUUGUUAUUCUUCCAGGAGAAAUCUGCUUAAAAUGUUUUACUGAUAUGGUACUGUGACUUUUUUAGCUUGUUACUAGUAUUAAGGUUUUCAUACGUGAACAUGUUGUAUGUUACAUAGUGUGUUAUAUGUAAGAAUAAAAGCUGUGUCAAACCUCAAUGAGCAGAAGCUCUGGUACACAGUGUGACUCAUCUUUUAUCACACACACACUUCAUUUGAACAGCUUCCAUCUCUGUCCGGGUUAUUACUGACAGGAAGUACUUUAUUGAUCUGAUAUUCCUUCAAGCUGUUGCAGAUUUGACUGAACUAGAAAGGCAGGAGACCAUUCAGAAAAGAGCAGUGUACUCUGGCUUGGAUCUUAGAUGAAACAGCAUAUUUUUGUUGGUAUGUGUAGUAGAUCUGUGUGUGCAUCCAUUGAGUUGUUUUUUUCUUGUACUGAAUAAAAGCAACAGUUCUUUAUCUUCACUAA